CUUGCAUUGCAGGACAGUGUUUUGCGACUGGCCCAAAAGUCUCUUCCAAAAUCAAUAUACCGUCGUAAAGUCCGUCUGCGUUGCACAGCGAAAAGUGGGGACUUACUGUUUUUUAUGCGCGAGUAGCUUGAGUCGUACAAUCACAAGGGUGCUACUACAGUAUAACGUUGAUUAUCAUUUCCACCGACACCAACCGAGUUGUCGAUCUAUUCAAAUCAAGAUGUCUCAAUGUGUACCGUGUCAUCAUGCUCUCUUGACAUUGUGGUUUAUCAUUCUUGUAGUUUAUGCAGAAUCUAACUAUCUGAUGACAGUCAGCCGAGGCUUUACAAGUACAGAAAAUGGCUAUCCGUCCUUUGAAUGUUAUACCGAAGCGAAUGCUGCCAUUUCUACCGGUAGAUAUGUUUAUACCAGGAAUACAAUUGACUAUACCGGUCCACCCAACCCACCCCCGCCUGAUCCAAAGAUGUUGUCAAGCGGAGACCAUCAAACGACCAAUAUAUAUCACACGGAUUUAAGGCCACUUCAACCUUACGGGUCAUACGGUGUUUUCUAUUGUGAAUCUUCAGCAAACGGAAUAAGAACAGUAGUACCAACGUUAUUCCUCAGAUCAGACGCAUAUUUCAUUCCGUCCAAAGGAAGAUUCAGCCAGACUGUGACCGCAGGACAAGUCGGUGUGUCCAUUCAAUUUGACCGUAUAUACAAAUCUGAAAUAGACAACAUCUGGCGGUUUAAUGGAACGGACGACGGUAGUGAAUACAUCUUGAGGUCUCCAGACAUAAAUUACACCAUCAUUGAUUCUAUACAAGAAUCACAAGAAGGCAUAUAUGAAAUUCAUUUAAAUGGUCUUAGAAUCCAGAGCAGAGGUGGAUUAAUGAGGGUCAUUGUAAGGGAUUGCCCCCUUGGUCGAUAUAAUUCAUCAUCGGACUGUGAUAUGACCUGUUCUUCGUGUUUUAAUGGAGGGAUUUGUGGUGAAACAGGACAAUGUAUCUGUGCUCCAGGAUUCAUGGGAGAUACAUGCCAAGACGGUAAUAUGUAUUCAUUUUGUCUAUCCACCAUGUCAAAACAAAGAAAAACCUACGUGUAUAUCUCAUUCGUAAUCAUACAGUCUUCACCUACCUUCAACCUACAUAAACACGCACAUUUCUAUAUAAAAAUAUCUUAAAUGAUUAUCGUUUAUUCAAAAUAAGAGAAAAAAAGAAUAGCGUUCCCAGGUAAAAAGCCAACGUUGGCUCCACGUUGGAAACUUGAAAGUCGUUGGACGUUGGAAAAACUUGAUGGAUUAACGUUGAAUCGACGUUGGAAACUAGUUUGAUGGAAAGAUGAUGGACAAUCAACAAUGACACGACGUUGGCAACGUUGGAAACUUGUUAGUUGGAGAGUUGUUGGACAGUCGACAAUGUCACAACGUUGGAAACACGUUUGAUUGGAUAAUUGUUGAACAGCCAGCAAAGGCACAACGUUGGCAACGUUGGAAACUAGUUCGCUGGAAAGUUGUUGAACAACCGACAAUGGCACAACGUUGACAAAGUUGGAAACUAGUUUGUUGGAGAUUUGUUGGACGGUCGACAAUGGCAAAACGUUGGAAACUAGUAGGUUGGAGAUUAGUUGAAUAGUCGACGAUGACACAAGGUUGGCAACGUUGGAAACUAGUUCGAUGGAAAGUUGUUGAACAACCAACUAUGGCACAACGUUGUCAAAGCUAGAAACUAGUUCGAUGGAGAUUUGUUGGAUAGUCGACGAUGGCACAACGUUGGAAAGUGGUAGAUUGGAGAUUAGUUAGAUAGUAGACAAUGACACAACGUUGAUAAAGCUGGAAACUAGUUAGAUGGAAAGUUGUUGAACAACUGACACUGGCACAACGUUGGAAACUGGUAGGUUGGAGAUCAGUAGGAUAGUCGACGAUGACACAACGUUGGCAACGUUGGAAAGUUGUUGAACAACAGACAAUGGCACAACAUUGGAAACUAGUGUGUUGGAGAUUUGUUGGACAGCCAACAACGUCACAACGUUGGAAACGUGUUUGAUUGGAUAGUUGUUGAACAGCCAACAAAGGCACAGCGUUGACUACGUCGGAAACUAGUUCGAUGGAGAGUUGCUGAACAACCGACAACGGAACAACGUUGGAAACUAUUUUCUUGGAGAUUUGUUGCACAGUCGACAAUGGCACAACGUUGACAAAGUUGGAAACUAGUUUGAUGGAGAGUUGUUGAACAACAGACAAUGGCACAACGUGGACAGCGUAAUUGGAAUAGUUUAUUGGAGAAUUGUUGACAGUUAACAUUGACACAAUGUUGGAAACUAUAGUUUGUUGGAUAUUUGUUUGACAGUCAACAUAAUAUCCCGGCAUAAUAUACACAGUGUUGAGAAAAUUAGAAACUUGUUCAUUGGAGAAUUGAUAAUGAUAUAUAGACGACUACUCGCAUAAUUUCCAAUGGGGCCAAGGGGGGGGGGGUCGAUCAAGUAAGUUUGCUUGUCUAACCAUGUCACCCUUGGUAUCCCCCAGCAAUAAGGGGAAAAGAAAUCGAGAGAGAAGGAAAAUAAUGGGAAGGGAAAGAGGAACUACAACUAAGGGGAAGACAAAAAUAAAGUUGGGGUAGAAUAGAGAGGCUGCAUGGAACGGGGGAUGCAAAUGUGUCGAAUAAUAUAG